UCCGGGUUUUGGCAUGUCGUCACCGAGCAGACGCGUUUCUCGAACCGCCCACCACUGUUUGGCGGGAUUCAAGCAGCAGGAAGAAGAAGCGACUCCAUUAUUUGCUCGGCAACAUGCAGUUUUCCAGCAGAAGGAACAAGUGUGCUCCAAAUCCGCAGACUGAGCUCUACGGACAGCCUCUGCAUUUCUAUGGACAGCCUCCUCUUGAAAACAUCUCUCUUACAGAAUUUGAGACAUUUGCAGUGGAAAGAUUGAAACUCUUGAAGACGGUUGAGAAUUUGGGUGUGAGCUACGUCAAACUCUCUGAGCAGUACAUCAAGAAACUGGAUAUUGAGUUCAAAAACCUGAACUUUCCUUACAGAGCAGAUGUUGAUGACAGAAAAUCUCAGAGUGGGCCGAGUGAAUAUGAGAAACGCAGAAAGGACCACAUCUCCCACUUCAUUCUGAGACUUGCCUACUGCCAGACAGAGGAUCUCAGAAGAUGGUUCAUCCAGCAGGAAGUGGAUCUCUUCCGCUACCGCUUUAACGACCUGCAUCCCAAAUUAAAGCUGGAGUUCCUGCACAAAAAUAAUCUUCAGUAUGAUGCGAUUACUGUCGAGGAGAAGCGGAUGCUGCAGGAUAAGCUUGUCAACUCCAGCUAUGGCGUCAGUGGAAUCACUGUGGAGGAUCAAGACUUCUACAAAGUGCCUUUCCAAGAUGCUCUGGAUCUGGUCCGAACCAGGAAAGUGUACCUAAAAGCGGGCUACGUGUACGUCCCACACCAGGACAUUGUCACCAUUGUGCUAAAUGAUUUUCGCACAAGGCUGUCUAAAGCUCUUGCGCUGACGGCUCGCUCGCUACCGGCGGUGCAUUCUGAUGAACGGCUCCAGCCGCUCCUUAACCACCUCAGUAAUUCCUAUUUGGGACAAGACUACAGCAUCCAAAAAAAUGUUGGUAAAAUCUCCUUGGAACAAAUAGAUCCGCUCUCAGGCAAGUCCUUCCCCCUGUGCAUGAGGCAACUUCAUCAGGCCUUAAGGGACAACCACCAUCUGCGCCACGGCGGUCGCAUGCAGUACGGCCUCUUCCUCAAAGGCAUCGGCCUCUCUUUGGAGCAGGCCUUGCAGUUCUGGAGGUUGGAAUUCACCCGAGGCAAAGUGGACUCAGACAAGUUUGACAAAGCGUACGCUUACAGCAUCCGCCACAUGUUUGGCAAAGAAGGCAAGAGGACAGACUACACUCCUUACAGCUGCAUGAAGGUGAUUUUGUCGAACCCACCCAGUCAAGGCGACCAUCACGGAUGUCCAUUCCGACACAGUGACCACGAGCUGCUGAAGCAGAAGCUUCAGUCCUACAAGGUGUCGCCCAGUGGGAUCAAUCAGAUUUUGGAGUUGGUCAAAGGGAUGCACUACCAGCUGGCCUGCCAGAAGUACUUUGAGCUGACACACAAUGUGGAGGACGUCUACUUCUCCCUCAGUCACCCCAACCAGUACUUUGUGGAGAGCCAGAAGAUUUUGCGGGGAGGCAAAGACAUCAAGCGAGAGAUGGACACCUCGCAGAGGUCACAGGGCAACAACAACUCCGCGGCCAGAAACUCUGCCGCUAUCAAGGAAAAGACGGCGGCGGCGGCGAACACAAACGCGUCGCAGGAUUCCGUGGAGAUGACGGAAGAUCUGGACUCGUACUUUCAUGAUGCUUGAGUAACUAUUUUGCUUCUUUUGUUUAGAAAUAAAACGUCACAUUUUUUAAAGUAGCCAUCCGUCAGUGUGAAGUUGACUUCAUGGUGCUUUGGUAAAAGUUUACUGGUGAUCUCUCCAAUUUCCCAGCUGCCUCAGUAACGAUGUCAUUGUAUCCGCUGGCAAGAGCGUUGAUGAAUGGUGGCAGGAGGUUGCAUUGAAAUAAACAAUUCCCCCCACGUGUA